UUCACAGCCGAAACCCAGUAAUUUACAGGCACAACACGACAGAAACAUCAUUGCUCCAUUUUGGACAGACAUGGACAACACUGUCAGUGGAACAAUCUCCUAUCGUCAGGUCACCAGUGGUAGACUUUUACUAGCAGCUUCAAACAACAUAAACCAGUAUUUUCCUAAUCUGAGCUUCACUGCAUCAUGGCUGUUCAUUGCCACUUGGGAUAAAGUUCCGUAUUUUAACAACUUACAGUCGAGUUCAACUUUUCAAGUUGUUUUGGUCUCUGGUUCCUGUCUGUCUUUUGUCAUGAUGAACUAUGGAAAUAUCUCCUCUACGGAUCAUCCGUUUCAGGCUGGCUAUGGCACUGUAAACUCAACAAAUUAUUUUUCAAUCCCGGUACCUGAUGAAAAUAAGCUCUUCAACUCCAGCAAUUUCAAUGUGGCGGGACGCUGGGCGUUUCGUGUUGAUGGAGGACCCAAGGAGGGAAUUUUCUACCCAUAUGGAUAUAACGAUACAAAGAACCCUGCAGAGGAUUUUGGAAGUUCUCCUCUGAUCCCCCUGACACAGCCGUUUGUUUACUUUGGGCUUAUUUAUAAUCAAAUAUACGUGAAUAAUAAGGGUUAUUUGACUUUUAAUAACCAGUUUUACCAGUAUUAUCCCUAUUAUUUCCCUGCAUCCGCGACUCGAGACAUCAUCGCUCCACUAUGGAUAGACAUUGACAUUACAAAUAAAGGAAGCAUCUCUUACCGGCAAGUAACAGAUGGUUAUCUCCUGAAUCGGGCCUCUAGAGAUAUAAACCAAUAUUAUCCCUACCUGAACUUCUCUGCCUCAUGGGUUUUCAUUGCUACGUGGCAUAAAGUACCAUACUAUGAACACAGAUGGACAGAGUCAAUCUUUCAACUGGUUUUGGUGUCUGGCAAAAACAUGUCAUUUACACUCAUGCAUUAUGGUCAAAUUGCUCCACCCCCAUAUCCUGUAGAGUCUGGCUAUGACACAACUGAUUCAACUGAUUUCUAUUCAAUUCCUGUCUCUGACACCACAAACCUGCCAUACACGAGCAAUGUCAAUGUCAUGGGUCGAUGGGUAUUUCGAACUGAUAAAGCAUCAGAAAACAAUGGACUGUUCUAUCCAUUUAGGAAUGGGCGUAAACUGAACAUCUCACCAUAUUAUGGAUUUUCUAUUGGCUUUUUGCAGAAAACCUUUUCUUACUUCAGAUUCAAAUACAGAUUUGUAUAUGUUCACAAAAAUGGAUUUAUUACUUUCAAAUGGCCAUUAUUUCCAUCAAGUCCCCCAACUCUUCCAGCAAAUAUAGACAUUGUUGCUCCAUUAUGGACAGAUAUUGACAACAGUGAUAUUUACAUUCAACAGUUCCAUAGUGUCCGUCUACUGAAGCAAGUUACAAAUGACAUUCGGCAAUAUUUUCCUAAUACAAAUUUCACUGCCGACUCAGUUUUUAUGUGUACUUGGGAUAAUGUGACAUAUUUCAACACUUUAUCACAGAAUUCCUCUUUUCAAGUACUGCUGAUCUCUGGUUCUGGAUUGUCAUUUAUUGUAUUUAAUUAUGGCAGGAUUCCCCAAACUAAGCACAUUGCACUGGCUGGAUAUGAUACUAUUGAUGCCACCAGUUAUUAUACAGUCCCUGUGUCUAACGUUGCUAACCUGAGCAACUCCACAAAUGUCAAUGUAAAGGGACGUUGGGCUUUUCGUGUCGACGCUUUGCCAACAGAACAUAGUCUGUUUUAUCCAACUGGCUAUCAGGACUCUCUGAAUCCCUGUCCAAGUAAUGCAAACUUAACAGCUCUGCACUUGCAGUAUCCUUUCUUGUACUAUGGACGCAAAAACUACGACAUAUAUGUCAGCAAUAAUGGACAUUUGAUGUUUGAACCAUUUUAUGAAAGAAUCCCCAAGGCUUUCCCUACCAACUCUACUAGAGACAUUAUAGCUCCACUCUGGGCAAAAUUUGACUGUAGAGUCAGUGGAAGCAUCUCCUACCACGUGGUGACGCGAGGCCAUAUCCUGAAUCGGGCAAGAAAUGAUAUCAAACAGUAUUUCCCUCAGUUUGGGUUCUCAGUAUAUUCAGUCUUCAUUGCUACUUGGAAUAGAGUGCCGUACUUGAACAGCCCCACGACGGAAUCCACCUUCCAAGUCGUUCUAGUCAUUUGCAGAACUCUUUCCUUUGUCAUAAUGAACUACGGAAAUAUCUCCUCAACUGAUCAAAGUUUUCAGGCUGGUUAUGACACAAUAAACUCAACAAAUUAUUUUUCAAUCCCUGUUUCUGAUGAAAAUAAAUUGUUCAACUCCAGUAAUGUUAAUGUGCCGGGACGUUGGGUAUUUCGUGUUGAUGGUGGACCAGAGGAGGGGACAUUCUACCCAUAUGGAGGUGUAGAAGAUAAGAUGAGCCCGAGGUCAGAUGAUGGAAGUUCUCCACUGAUUCCUCUGCUACAGCCAUUUGUGUACUUUGGACGUGAAUAUGACAAAAUAUUUGUGAAUAAUAAUGGAGACCUGACCUUUGAUGAGCCAUUUUUCUGGUGGCGUGCCAAUUAUUUUCCUGCAUACUCGUCUGUAGACAUCAUCGCACCACUAUGGACAGAUAUUGAUAACAGUAAGAAAGGAACCAUCUCUUACAGACAAGUAACAGAUGCUCAUCUCUUGAAUCGUGCUUCAAGAGACAUAAACAAAUAUUUUCCCAACUUGAAAUUCUCUGCCACUUGGGUUUUUAUUGCUACAUGGGAUAAAGUACCAUAUUUUGGAAACAUAAAGGCAGAGUCAACCUUCCAAGUGGUUUUGGUGUCUGGCAAAAACAUGUCAUUUACUCUUAUGCAUUAUGAUUUUAUCACUCCCACCGAAAGUGUAGAGUCCGGCCUUGACACAAUUAACUCUACUAAUUUCUUUUCAAUCCCUGUUUCUGACGUCACAAAUCUGACAUAUUCAAGCAAUGUCAAUGUCACGGGUAGAUGGGUGUUUCGAGUUGAUAAUUCAUCAGAAAACAAUAGAUUAUGUAGCGAAACUAAUCCCAAAGCUUCCUCAGAUGAUGUUUCUAGUGCUCUGAUAUGUGGAAGAACUCCAGUUACCACCAGCAGCAGGAUAGUAGGAGGUCAGAAUGCUUCAGCUGGACGCUGGCCCUGGCAGGCUAGUCUUCUUCGGUUAAGCAGGCACAUCUGUGGAGGUUCUCUUAUCAACAAAGAGUGGGUGCUGUCUGCUGCCCACUGCGUUCAUGGGUAUCCCACCAUUGAUUUCACUGUAGUUUUGGGGCAUCAGACCCAGGAAGGGUUCAACCCCAAUCAAAUAUUCAGAUAUGUGAGGUUAAUCAUCAAACAUCCCAAUUAUAAUUUAACGAAUGACAACGAUAUUGCUCUUCUCAAAUUGAGGUCACCCAUCACCUUCACUGACUACAUCAGACCCGUGUGUAUAGCAGCUCAUGACAGUGUGUUCAACAGCGGCACAGACAGCUGGGUCACUGGAUGGGGAAACAUUAGUGAAGGAGUGCCCCUUCCAUCCCCUAAUGUUCUACAGGAAGUGGAGGUUCCUGUAGUUGGUAACAGACAGUGCAACUGUCUCUAUGGAGUUGGAAAUAUAACAGACAACAUGAUCUGUGCUGGCAAUGACUCAUGUCAGGGGGAUUCAGGAGGUCCGAUGGUGAGCAGACAGAGCUCUGUAUGGGUUCAGUCUGGUAUCGUUAGCUUUGGAACUGGCUGUGCUCGACCUGAACUUCCCGGUGUGUACACCAGAGUAUCACGUUAUCAGGAAUGGAUCAGCUCCUUUGUGUGCAGCGAUCCUCCAGGUUUUGUGCAGUUUACCUCUGCUGGAGCUAACCCUGACUACAGUUACAGCUGUCCUGGUCUUCCUCCUCCUCCUCCUACUCCUUCCUCAGUUCUAUCUUCUGAAAUAUCUCCACCACAAAAAUUAUGGCCAUUAUGUUUUCUGUUGCUUCUACCAAUACUUGGCUUAAUUUUGUAUGCAAUGAAACACCGUUUAGGGUCAUGCAUUAAAAGAUGCAUUCAUUUGAUCAGAAGUGACAAUAAUGACAUUUAUAGUGAUACAAAAGUUUUAUAUACCAAAUAAACGCUGUUCUUUUGGAAAUAUUCAACGAAUCCUGAAAAGAAAAGUAAUAUUUCCCCCAAAAUAUG